GAAUACUGAUCGGGGCAGCAUUCCACUCCAAUUGUUGUGUAUGUGUGUAGUGAAAACACACGCGAAACAAAUGAACGAAAUUGUGAAAAUUCUUUGAUGAUUUUGUCCGCGUGACUUGUCGCGGACACCUGUAUCACCGACUACUGCAACAUCUGCAUAAGGUAAUUCCUUCUUUAUGUUCUUGAUGAUCUCGCUCUCAAUUUUGCUUGUGAAGCCGUCACAACUCAUGGCUUCGAUGAGUCGUUUUACUGGAGGAACUUCAAACCUGGCGCGCUACUAACAAGUAAGAGAUUUCUACGUCGCAGACUUUUGACGCCUGGUUCCCCUGAAGAUACGAUGACGGCACAUCUACCACUGCACAUGUGAAUUUGCGCGCAGCGGCAAUGCUCUCGACGAUAGAACGAGGGGGUUCGGUGACAUGAGAGCGAGUAUUGGUGGAACGACAGACACGCAGCGCAUUCGAUCGCAAGCUGCAGCAGGUAUGAAUUAACCAGCCCUGCACCGCGACUAGGCUCACUCGCGGAGGCACCGUUUCAGCGCCCCUAUUGUUGUACGUGAUACAGCAAACUUAUGAUGCGGGAGAUGUCUCUCGCGAAAUCGGUCAACGCAGAGUUCCACUGAAUCCUCUACCUCCGUUCCUCCUCGCGUGGUGCUCCAGUGACAGCUUUAGGACACGGAACGAAGAGUGUGGACGGCCAUGUGUCCCCUUUCCGUGUACGCUUGGCGUUUGUAGGUAGGCGAAUCUUUCGGAGCGCGACGGGUCAAAGCAGUGUGCGCAAGACUUCACGUCCGCAGCAACAGUGCCAACUCUUAGCCUAGGUUGAGCUCUACAACAGGGAGUGUCGCAUUGCAUCGACAAUCAUAGUAAGGCUCGAAGCAGAAGUACGCGACUGUACCUUGUACGACGAGGAAUCCAAGCUUCGCAGAGUGACAGGAGAAGAUCCGAGUUGGUACAACUUUAGCUGAGGAAGCGAAUAAGUAUUCAGUGGAUUCCUUAUCGUCGUAUUGUUGUAGCACGACCAACACGACUAUCAAGAGGUUUUUAGCAGCACUGUUCGGAGGUUACCAACAGGGACCCAACAUGGAGCGGCAAGAAACGAGAGAAAAAGCUGCACGAGCGCUCUAUUUCCUUGUGAGGUAUGUGAGGGUACGACUCAACCGAUACAAGCUCACGGUGAAGGACUACAUCAAGUACUACUAGUUACGAUUGCCGGUUUUCUAUUUCUUAUUUUUCUGUGUUGAAUAAUCGCAGGAUAAUCCUUCUUCUAGAAUGAGUCAGUAGAGAUCGUCGCCGCGGUCGUUCAAGUGAUAAUACCAAAUCAAAAUCAUGAAUUUUGGAUGUUGAUGCGAUUUCUAUCCAUACACAGGUGGCAUCGGGUCACUCAAGUGCUUGCGAAAGUAGAGGAGGCGUUGCGGCAUGCUUACCGGUAUCAAUGGGUCGCGACGUGCUUUGCUCGUUUUUUCGCCCUUAGGAGAAGACUCAAAAGCCCAGCAGCAGUGUAUCAAGUCCUGACUUGUUCAAUGGGUUUUUCUCUUUUUCUAGGGAUUGGCUUAGGUCCAGCGACGCUAAAAGCACGAAGUAAAACAACAGGCUAGUUUUCCCUCAUCUCUUAGAUGUGUCCCUACAUGCAAAAUAAUUAAUGUUGGAGAAGAUUGCGAUUGUUUGAAUUUUUGUGUGACAUGACGAACAAAACACUGAAAUCUGUUGGUACUAGCAAUGGUAUCAAACAACCACCUUCGCAGGUCCUCUGUAGACGUUGGGUAUCAGAUACUGAUGCUUAUCCAGGACCUAGUGCGAGACGGACUGACGCUACAACAGUUUUUAGAGAAAAGUGGUGAUACGUCUUCUUCGCCGAAAAGCAGUGACACUUCCGUGGAUCUUCAUGGUACCUGAAAGAGUUCCUGUUUUGAUUAGAUGAAAUAAUUUGUUACAUCCUAGUCGACAUCUGUGGUCGGUGUUGGCGAUGUUUCUAACCUGACCAAGGUAUCACACGCGGUGGCACGUUUCAAGAGGGCGCUGCAGUAGUAUCAUUGGUUGCUGCGACACUCAGAGUGUGGCUACUCGAACGCGCGUUUACAAAAGGUAUCAACUAGAUUUCUCUUUUCUGCUCAUCGUAGGAUGUAACCAUCGAGGAAUUUAUUUGUUUCGCGGUUCCUUCCGAUGUUGGUCUAUUUUUAUACGAACAAUUCGGAUUCUCUCAGGAGCGGGCUUAAGGCUGGUGCCAGGGGCUUGCAGCGCUGUGCAAGUGGCCACAGACUUGACAUUAGCAGCCACGAGCGUCUACGAUACCUACGUGUCUAGGAGACGGAACAUCCCUGACAGCCUGCUUCUCCUAGGCUUCCUUGGUAGUUUCUCUGCUUGCAUGCGUUCCGGCAUCGCAUAUGUCGAGCAAGGUCGGUGACGCAUGCGACGCCCACAACUAUUUUCCCUUUCCCACAUAACAAUAAUUAGAGAUGAUGAAGACCACGACGCCAAUUUCACUGUUUUCCAACUCCUAGCAGGUCGAUUAUUUUUCAUACCUCUGCCGUGGUAGUCAUACGUGUCACAAAUCUCAUUCAGAGGUUGCAGAGUGCUGGCUCUUGUGAUCUAGGAGGUUUGUGCUCCAUCGUGAUUAAUUAUGCAUAAUGAAUUACUAUUAUUUGCUGCGCGUUUUUUAAAGCAUCCAUCCCACGUCCACGUCCCCUCCAUUCCAUCACAUUCUUUGCGAGACGCAUUGGAAUUGAAAUGUUAUUGAACAACAUAAGGUGACACUAUGUUGUGGGAAUUUGUCUUGGUACUUCUAGUAAAGACAACAUCUUGUUGCGGUUCUUCAUCCAGUCGGGCCAUCGUCUCAAC